AUGGCCUCCAAGACUUACAACGUCGGCGUAAUCGGCUACGGCUUCAGUGCCAAGAUCUUUCACAUUCCCUUCGUGGAGCAGAUCCCCGAGCUCAAGCUUUACGCCAUCGUGCAGCGCACUCCAAAGGCCGGCGAUGAUGCGGAGAAGGACCACCCUGGUGUCAAGUCGUGCCGUACUGCGGAUGACAUGGUCAAGGACCCCGCAGUCGACAUCGUGAUCGUGACCACUGCCCCGGACUCGCACUUCGACCUGUGCAAGCUUGCCCUGGAAGCUGGCAAGCACGUCGUCUGCGAGAAGCCCUUUACCCCCACCCACAAGGAAGCCGAGGAGCUCGUCGCCAUCGCCGACAAGCAGAACAAGCUUCUGGCCGUGUACCAAAACCGCCGCUGGGACGCCGACUUCGUGACCCUCUCCAAGCUUGUCAAGAACGGUUCGCUCGGCCGCAUCUCCGAGUUCGAGACUCACUUUGACCGUCACCGCCCCGAGGAGCCCGCCGCCGAGUCUCACAAGUGGAAGAACAAGGUCAUCCCCGGUGGCUCAGCCAUCUACGACCUAGGUACCCACCUUCUAGACCAAGCCGUGCACCUCCUCGGCCUCCCCAAGCGUGUGACAGCCUUCAUCGGCUCCGCCCGCGCCAGCAACAGCACCGGAUUCGAAGACUCCUUCACCGUCCUGCUCCACUACCCGGACAACCUGAUGGUCACCGCCAAGGCGACCGUCGUCAGCCCCGAAGACGAGCAGCUUCGCUUCUGGGUCCGCGGCGAGAAGGGCAGCUUCAAGAAGUUCCACCUCGAUAUCCAAGAAGACCAGCUCAAGGCUGGUGUUAUGCCCCAGGAUAAUGGCUAUGGUCGUGAGCCCAGCGAGCGAUACGGUACCCUGACGACCAUCCAGGAUGGAAAGCCUGUUAAGGAGGUUGUUCCUACCGUUGAGCCCCCUACUUAUACCGAGUACUACCGCAAGCUUGUUCGCGCUCUUGGUGGCGAGGGUGAUUUGCCCGCCAGUGGCGCUGAGGCUAGUCAGGUUAUUCGGUUGAUUGAGUUGGCUCGUGAGAGCUCCAAGACUGGCCGGACUUUGGAUGUUUAG